UGCUUAUUUAUUAAGCGCUCUUUGUGGUAAAACUCCGCAGUACUGCUACCCUCAAGUUAACCUGCUGUAGCCGUGCAUCGACUGUUGUUUGCAAAUGUCUUGUAAUCGCAGCUACAAUAUAGCAUUUCUAUGCUUUCUUUUCCUUCUAGUCAUCUCAGAGGAAUGCACAAUCCGCACGUUUUAUAUUGGAAUAAUGGAAGAGUUUUGGGACUACGCACCGUCCGGCCGCAAUCUAAUCACAGGACUUCAUGUAGAAGAUGAUCCGAAAGCAUCGGUGUUUCUUCGAAGAGGACCAGACAGAAUAGGAAGUAUAUAUAAAAAAGCCAUCUACAAGCAGUUCACAGAUGGAAGUUAUACUCAAGAAGUUCCCAAACCCGACUGGCUUGGAUUCCUGGGCCCAAUUAUAAUGGCUGAAACAGAAGAUACAAUAGUUGUUCACUUAAAGAACUUUGCCUGUCACAACUAUUCCCUUCAUCCACACGGAGUUUUAUAUCUAAAGGAUUCUGAAGGUGCACUAUACCCAGAUGGCACGUCUGGCAAAGAUAAGGCCGAUGAUGCUGUUCCCCCUGGUGGUACUCAUACAUUCACCUGGAUAGUGAAACAAUCAUAUGCACCUACAUCAGAUGAUCCAAACUGCUUAACAUGGGCAUACCAUUCUCACUUGGAUGCACCCAAGGAUAUUGCUUCUGGGCUGGUUGGAGUUUUGCUAACAUGUAAAAAAGGUGUUCUGUCUGGAGGCACACCGAAUCGGAUUGAUGUUGACUUGGAAUUUAUCAUGCUGUUCAGUGUUAUGGAUGAAAAUGCAAGCUGGUAUAUUGAUGAAAACAUCCAAACAUUUUGCUCUGCUCCAGACACAGUCAUUAAAAAUGAUGCAGAUUUUAUUGAGAGCAACAACAUGCACUCAAUCAAUGGAUAUAUGUACGGAAACAUGCCACAUCCUAAUAUGUGUGUAGGAAACAAUGUGUCUUGGCACUUGGUUGGCAUAGGAAGAGUAAAAGAUUUGCAUUCUGUCUACUUUUAUGGACAAACAGUCACAGUUAGAGGACACCGACUUGAUGCAAUCAAUUUGCUACCUGCAACUUUCGUCACAGCUGAAAUGAAAGCAAUAAAUCCUGGAAAAUGGUUACUGAGCUGUCAAGUAAAUGAUCAUACACAAGCUGGCAUGCAGGUGUUUUAUAAUGUGGAUACCUGUCAUCAGCAGCCUGCUGAAGUUCCACUAACUGGAAAGACAAGAAAAUAUUUUAUUGCUGCUGAACCUUUGAUCUGGGAUUACGGUCCUCUAGGCAUUGACAAUUUUAACAAGAAGCCUCUGAAUGCAACAGGAACUGAUUCACAAAUCUAUUUUGUGAGAGGCCCUCAAAGAAUUGGAGGAAAGUACUGGAAAGAUCAUUAUGUUGAAUAUACUGAUGAAACAUUCACCAAAAAGAAAACAAGGUCAUCUCUAGAAGCUCAUCUAGGCAUCCUUGGUCCAGUCAUCAAAUCUGAAGUUGGGGACAGACUUUUAGUUACUUUCAUGAAUAAAGGAAACCAGAAUUACAGUAUCCACCCACAUGGUGUGCUGUACAGCAAGGCAUUUGAAGGAGCUGCUUAUAUUGAUGGGUCUCAGAAACUAGGAUCCCAUGUGGCACCUGGAUGUUCUUUUACCUACAAUUGGACUGUGCCAGAAAGUGUAGGCCCAACUUCAAGUGAUCCAGACUGUCUCACCUACCUUUACUUCUCAGCAGUGGAUCCAGUCAAAGACACUAACACAGGUCUUGUUGGACCUCUGAUUGUGUGCAAAAAGAAUGCCCUCAGUAAUGCUGGAGAUCAGAUUGGAGUAAACCAAGCAUUCUACCUAAUGUUUACCAUUUUUGAUGAAAACCUGAGCUGGUAUCUUGACAAAAAUAUUCAGACCUUUACUACAGAUCCUAUAAAUGUCAUUAAAGAAGACAGCGACUUCCAGGAAUCAAACAAAAUGCAUGCUGUGAAUGGAUAUAUGUAUGGCAAUCAGCCUGGACUAGAGCUGUGCAAAGGCAAGAAAGUUUCAUGGCAUUUGUUUGGACUGGGUACUGAAGUAGAUCUGCAUGGAAUUAACUUUGAAGGCAACAGUAUUUACACAAAUGGACUCACACGAGACACAGUUGGUCUUUUCCCUCAUACUUCAUUAACAAUAAUGAUGAAGCCAGACAAUGUGGGUACUUUCAAACUAGUAUGCCGGGUAUUUAAUCAUUUCACAGGUGGUAUGAAACAACUUUUCUAUGUGAAGAACUGCAUCGACAAAACUACAGCAAAACCAAACACUUACAGAACCAGAACAUUCUACCUUGCUGCAGAGGAAGUCGAAUGGGAUUAUUCACCUAGCCAUUACUGGGUAAUGGAGAAAAACACCACAGAAAAUCAAAGUUACUUUGACUUCUAUGUUGGGAAAGGACCAUUUCAGAUUGGCUCCAAAUACAAAAAGGUGAUAUACCAGGAGUACACCGAUGUAUCAUUUACCAUAAAGAAGUUACGAACACCAAAUGAAGAACACCUGGGAAUAUUAGGGCCAAUGAUUCAUGCGGAAGUUGGUGACUACAUAAACAUUGUUUUCAAGAACAGUGCAUCAAGGAAUUAUUCAAUACAUCCACAUGGUGUGGAAGAAGUCAGGAGUGAUGGACAACCUGACACUCCAAAUACUGAGCCAGGUAAAGUAAGGACAUAUCUCUGGAAAGUUCCAGAAAGAUCAGGACCUGGCAAAAAUGACCCAAACUGCAUUCCUUGGGCUUAUUAUUCAACAGCUUCUUUUGUGAAGGACUUGAACAGUGGUCUGGUAGGUACCUUGCUCACCUGCAGGAAAGGUACAUUGAAGGCAGAUGGAUUAAGAAAAGAUGUCAACAAAGAGUUUGCUGUGCUCUUUAUGAUAUUUGAUGAAAAUAAAUCUUGGUAUCUGGAAGAAAAUGUGAAAAAUUACCUUAAUAAGAACUUCAGCGAUGCACUUCUGACAAACACUUUUAUUGACAGCAAUAAAAUGCAUGGAAUGAAUGGAAAAGUCUAUGGGAAUCUUCGUGGUCUGAACAUGGUUGUAGGUGAAACCAUUGCUUGGUACCUACUUGGACUAGGGGAUGAGGUGGAUCUACAUACUGCACAUUUUCAUGGAGAGACCUUUAUUUUCAAAACAGAUAAAAGCCAUAGAGGUGACGUUUAUGACCUAAUACCCGGCAUAUUCGAAACAGUGGAAAUGAUUGCUGAAAAUCCUGGGACAUGGAUAUUUCAUUGUCAUGUAGAUGAGCAUGUGCUAGCUGGGAUGGAGACAACCUUCACUAUCUUCAACAAAACAGCUCCUGCUGCAACAUGAAAGAACACCAGCAUGCAGACCAGCCAUGAAGGUUCAGACCACCAUCCCUCCACAGGUGACUGUGGCAGCAACAUUACAGGCAGCAAAGGCUCCCAGCACAUAUGAGCACAACCUGUCAACAUUACCUCUAUAACUCCUGCACUACCUGCUCCAAAUGCAUAUGAUCACUUUAAGCUGGGUGCUGGUGCACUGGUACCCUCCAGGCGUAUUGCCACUGGAGAUGAGAUUAUGUCAAUUGUCGAGAACUGACAGGACUAGUGGAGGAGAUUAUCAAGAGGGGCCUUGGUGCCCACAUCAGCAGAAUGGAAAAACUCCUGCACUGAAAAGCCAAAUCAAUGUAAGAGACAAUGAUGACAGUUCAGAGGGCAAGGACUAGAUUCUCAUUUUACUCUUGAUGGAUGAAGAUGAAGGUGUCCUGCAACAUUUUGUGUCUGUCACCAUCCCUGUCUGUCUUGUAUGUCUUGUUUUUUUUUUUUGCAUUGCCACCUAACCUACCCUUGUUACCUACCCCUUUUAUUCCUAAAUACCUUCUACAACAUUCCUCUUUCUCAAAAAAAAAAAAAUGAAAAUGGCACUUGUCCCACAAAAGUGUUAUGCCCCAUACAUAGCUCUCCACUUUGCUUAUGUAUGUGGAUGACACACUUGAUUUGGUCCAACUGACCACACAACAUUAUUAUGCAGUUGUCACACACCAUUGAUAUGUUUGCUAUCAAAAUUCCUCAAAUUAGUUGUAGAAAAACAAUGUAAGUUUGUGCAGAACGUGAUGCCUAUGGUGUUCUCCCACCACCAUCCAGCUCAUUCUUUAAAUACUUCCUCCAAUGCCUUAACUUCUGGUAGGCCCCUAUUUUCCACUCUGUCCUAUCAACUCCUUUUCACACAUUCAAUUGGGACAAAAAAUAGGUUCACACACUACACACAUGAUCAGAAAUGGCCCAUAAAUAAAACUCUCAUUUUCUAUCCUAAUCAUUGCAUGAUGCUUGGCAUUACUCAGCAAAUUUUACCACACUUAGCUAAAGAUAAUUACCACUUCCUGUCCUUUGGCAAAAUUUAAUGAAAUUUGGUCUUCAGCCACAUGUAUAGAGUGCCCUUUGUGUUACUGUGCUUAGCUCUGCUGUGUGACAAAAAACAGCAUUGAUAGCACUAUGAAAAUGCAAUUGCUAUAUGUACAACAGGCUCCAGGCCUGCUACUCAGGAACUCUUCAUGUAUCAUUACUGUUGUGAAGUCUGAUGCAUACAUAGUCCUUUGUUUCAUAUUUUUCUCAUGGUCCCUUCAACUGUGUGAUUUUCACUACCUGAAAUGUGGCAUCAUUUUUGGUGUGCUCAGAUAAUGCUCAGAUCUAGAGAAAGGUAAUGCAGAUUGUCAGGUUUUUGAAUCCACUGCUGUGCAAACAUUACUUAAAGUUUUCUUUCCUAAAUCAUUUUAUAUUUUGAACUAUUGGCUACAUAUUUUAUUACCCCACCACUAUCCUGCUUAUUUUUCAAUUAAUGUUAUGGUAUCCCACCCCUACGUGCAUCCUCUUUUGAAUACUUCAUUGCACACAGCAUGACAGUUUUAAUGAUAACAAACAAAAGAUUAACAGACCACACUGACGGCCAGAAAUGGCCCAUAAAUAAAACUGGCUUAUUCUUUCCUAGGCAUUUGCAUGCCUCUUGGCAUUGCUCAGUGAUUCUCCCUAUACUACCAUAACAAUAACUACCACUUCCUGUCCUAUGGCAAAACCUGGUGAGUUUUCACCUUCAUCUGAAUUAACAUGGUUCCCUUUUAGCAUCACUGCUCAAAAGAAAGCAAUACUGAUAGUACAAUGAGGAGGAAGUUAAUCUUAUAUGUAUAACAGGCUCCAUGGUUUUAUGUACAUCAUAUGGGAUGCUUCAGUUGUCAUUAGUGCAAUGAAGUGCAAUACACAACUUUUCUCAUUGUCA